AUGAUUUUAGCGCAUUUAGGCGGCGAAGUCGAGCGGUUGAGCGCCGUGGCAGACGAAACAAUUUAUCCGAUGCUUACGACUUUCGGCGAGAGAGCGAAUGAUGCGGACGUGAUGUCCGAUGCAGAGUUACGAGAUGCAUUCGUUGGGAAAUUAGAGCCGCUUCAAGACGCACUGUUAUUCAUGGAUCAAGUCAGAGCGGUCGUGUGUAACUUGUUCACGCAACUCACGGUGGUGUAUUCGACGUUCGCGGCAUACACGCCGUAUCAAACUGUGCGUUUGGCGUGGUCAUUCGAUAUGCUCGGUCGUGCACUAGCAAUUGGAGUCGGAAUUGAUGAGGUGGUUAGGAACAAUAGGGCGUUGCGGUCGGCGCUGAUGAAUUUCAAACGCGUGGUGCUGCUCCUUCGAGCCAAUCCCGAGCAGUUCGGCAUGAACGAAGUCGACGUCGUGAGCUUGGAUUCGGCGGUUGCGAUCAUCGAAAAUCAAUUGCUCUCAUCUUCAUUCUUUGCCUCAGUGCUCACACAGCUCACAGAAACCGAACAACCUGAUCGAUUUAUCAAGGAGCUCGCCGGCACAACUCUCGAGCUUCUCGAAAGCACGACGGCUCGAUUGAAUACCGACUCGGAGCGGUUGAACGAUAAACGCACACUGCUGUCGUGUCUUUGCUUGACUAUGCUUCAUUCAGGAUUAGUUCCCGAUAUAGCCGAUAGAAAACUCUGCAUGAAGGCGUGGGAAGUCUACAAGGUGUGCGUGCUGGUGUCGGUGACGACGACGGUUUCAGUGUGUCCAGGGGCAAUACUAGAAGCGCAUCUAUCUCCAGCCGCACGAGAGUGCUUUCCUGAUAAUGGUUUAGAAUCAGUGAUCUCGUUUCGUCGAGAGACGCUCGAGACUCUGGAUGAGACUUUCCCUGCGAAGCUCCUCGAUUUGUUGUCGGCUUCAGUCGCCUGGCUCACCAAGUUUACGGCGACACCAAACGUCUCGCAUAGCUUAUCGAGCACAAUGAACGCUCGCACGAGUUUGUUUCAGGAGGGUAUGAGACUGGUAAAUCGACUGCGCCACUAUACUCAGGAGAUCAUACACCUCCACGUGUCUCUGGAGGCCCCGGUCACGAAGCGGCGGGUGCGACUCAUCGCUCGCGCCGUGGAAAUGUUGCAAGCCAUGUGCGAAGCUUUCACUCAAAAUCUCAAUUUGAGUUUGGAAGUGCAGCACGUGCUGAAAUUUCUAGCAGAUAGAAUACAUCGCAUGAUGGUACGUUUGAAACGCUUCUGA